AUGACCAAAGAAAAUCAGACUCUGCCUGAACUCCUCCUUCUGGGAUUCUCCGACCUCAGGGCCCUGCAGGGCCCCCUCUUCUGCGGGGUCCUUCUGGUCUACCUGGCCACCAUGCUGGGAAACUCUCUAAUCAUCCUUCUCACACAGGCCGACCCCACCCUGCACUCCCCCGUGUACUUCUUCCUACGCCACCUCUCCGUGGUGGAGCUCCUCUACACCACUGACAUCGUGCCCAGGACCCUAGCUGACCUGACCUCCCUGCAUCCCCAGGCCAUCUCCUUCCAGGGCUGUGCAGCCCAGAUGUAUGUCUUCAUUGUCCUGGGCAUCUCAGAGUGCUGCCUGCUCACAGCCAUGGCCUAUGACCGCUACGUCGCCAUCUGCCGGCCCCUGCACUACCCCACCCUCAUGAGCUGGCGGGCCUGCAUGGCCAUGGUGGGCGUCUCCUGGCUCAUGGGCAUCAUCACAGCCACCACCCAUUCCUCCCUCAUCUUCACCCUGCCUUUCCUCAGCCGCCCAAUCAUCCCACACGUCUUCUGUGACAUCCUGCCGGUGCUGAGGUUGGCAAGUGCUGGGAAUAACAGGAGCGAGAUCUCUGUGAUGACAGCCACUGUGGUCUUCAUCACGGCCCCCUUCUCUCUGAUCGUCAUCUCUUACGCCCGCAUCCUGGGUGCCAUCCUGGCAAUGGCCUCCACCCAGAACCGCCACAAGGUCUUUUCCACCUGUUCCUCCCACCUGCUCAUGGUCUUCCUCUUCUUUGGAACGGCCAGCAUCACCUACAUCCGGCCCCAGGCAAGCUCCUCUGUCACCACAGACCGCGUCCUCAGUCUCUUCUAAACCGUCAUCACGCCCAUGCUCAACCCCAAUUACACCCUUCGGAACAUGGAGGUGACAAGGGCUCUGCGGCACAUGGUGAAGAGGCAGGUCCCCUCGCUCUGA